GAACUCUGAGCCAUUUUGGUUACGGUGUCAGUUUCCACUGUGCGCCUUCAUUGCUGCGUUCCCUCCACCGCCACCACUACCUCUGCCUCCCCCGCCUGCUCCUUCCACUGCAACAACUCUGAUAUAAUUCAAAUAUUUCCAUAAUUAUUAUUUUUACAAAGAGGAAAGUGGAGAGAGAAAAAAAGCUCUCUGGAAGGCAGGAGAGGGAAAACACCAGACCGGGGCGGAGGGGUACCCUUAGACGGAGCCGGGAGGAGGGCUUGGAAGCCGGAGAGAGACAAUGGGCUGGUGGUGGUGGAGAAGGAAGAGUGGCAGUCCAGACGGGCCGGAAAUAAUUUAAGAGCCCAGCACUGGAGCUACGCGUUUUAAAGAAGGAGAGAGCAGCCAGCCAGGAGUAGGGAGGGAGGGUGAGCGAGCGAGCGAGCGAGGUGGGGGGAAAAAAGAAGAGAGAGAGAAAAGGAGACGCGGGAAGGAAGAGGAGGGGAAAGGCAAGCAGGCUCGGAGCGAGCCCGAAGGAGAACCGCCGGGCUGUUUCAGGAACUAAAAGGAGCUCGGCGCGGCGGCGACGGCAACAGCGACGGCGGCAGCAUAUACGCUGAUUGCAACUGACAGCGCCUGCAGUUCGUUUCAAGAUGGCCGCUUGGCUCACAUUCAUUUUCUGCUGAACGACUUUUAACUUUCAUUGUCUUUUCCCGGCAGCUUUGGUCGCCCCCCGGCAGCUUCUUCCCGCGGAGUCUCCCCGGAUUGAACCAAAAUGCAUCGCACCACCCGCAUCAAAAUUACGGAGCUCAACCCCCAUCUCAUGUGUGUGAUUUGCGGAGGGUAUUUCAUUGAUGCUACCACGAUCAUCGAGUGCCUGCACUCCUUCUGUAAGACUUGUAUUGUACAUUACUUGGAGACCAGCAAGUAUUGUCCCAUUUGUGAUGUCCAAGUUCACAAAACUAGGCCUCUUUUGAACAUAAGAUCUGAUAAAACUCUCCAGGACAUUGUAUAUAAGUUAGUACCAGGUCUUUUUAAAAAUGAAAUGAAAAGAAGAAGAGAUUUUUAUGCUGCUCAUCCAUCUGCUGAUGUUGCCAAUGGCUCCAAUGAAGACAGAGGGGAAGUUGCAGAUGAAGACAAAAGGAUUAUAACAGAUGAUGAAAUAAUAAGCUUAUCCAUUGAGUUCUUUGACCAAAAUAGAGCUGAACGGAAAGGAAGCAAAGAGAAGGAGAAAGCCAAAGAGGAGGCCAACAGCAAAAGAUAUUUACGCUGUCCUGCAGCAAUGACUGUAAUGCAUUUAAGGAAGUUUCUCCGGAGCAAAAUGGACAUACCCAAUGCUUUUCAGAUUGAUGUCAUGUAUGAAGAAGAGCCUUUGAAGGACUACUACACACUAAUGGAUAUAGCCUACAUUUACACUUGGAGAAGGAACGGCCCCCUCCCUUUAAAGUACCGUGUGCGACAAACCUGCAAGAGAAUGAAAAUAGGGGGCCAGCAGCGAGACGGCUUACACAACAGUGGGGACCUGGAAAGUGACUCUGGCAGUGAAAAAGCUGGCAGCCCCAUGGGAGGUGCUCCUUCCACAUCAUCCUGCGUGCUCAGCCCCAGCACUCCAGUGCAAUCUCCCCACCCCCAGUUCCCCCACAUCUCUAGCACUAUGAAUGGAACCAGCAGCAGCCCAAGUGGUAACCACCAUGCCUCCUUUACCAACAGAACCCGGAAAGCAUCCAUCAAUGGUUGUUCUACGACUUCUUCUGGCUGACUGGCAUAAACUCUCCUUUCUGACUCUGAAGACUGGGUGCAGAGGUUAUGGCUUAUUUUCUGCUCCAGUCUCUGUGUCUCUAUCAUAUCACACCAUUAAGCUUUAUAGUUGCAAAUUCCACGUGUGUCUAUGCCUGGUGGUUAAUAAGAGAGGAAUAAAGAUCGGGAAUUAAAUGGGAGGACAAGAGAUGGACCUUUUUUUAUAUUAAACAACCACCACAGCAAACUGUUUCUUAAGGACUAGCAACAUGGAAAAACAAAGGAUAACAAUCCAAAUAUCUGAGGAGGGUUUUUUCCGGACUUCCCAUUAUUGUUCUGUUUCUUAAUUUGGAAUCUGAUAAUUGAUACCUACCACAAAUGAAAGUUUUGUAAAUCCAGAUUAAUUUCCUAUAUAUCUUUUAGAUUAUGAACUAUGGUUCUGCUGUUUUGGGGAAAUCUCAUUGAAAGCAAGUUUUUUUUUUUUCCUUCUCCACCUCAAAAUGCAUAAAUGCCAGACUGAAUAUGCAUAAAAAGAUGCGCAUAUGUAGCCACACCACUGUGAAUAACAAUGUAUUUGCUUUAUUAGCCAUUUUGAUUUAUAGUUUGUAUCCACAACUUCUGUGCAGCACCGAAGCCAUUGAAAGAUCAGAAAACAACAGAAGAAAAAAGUGGUAUAGAAGAGAAGGAGGACAUUCUAUGUUCAGAUUUACACCUGUAUACCUAAAAGCGGGUAUUGCCUUUUAUUUUACUGGCUGGCUUAAGAAAAAAGAAAUCAAGAAAGAAAACAGGAUAAGCUCUUUUUGUAAGGUUUUGAUGGCAUUAUGAAUUUGUGGAAGAACGCCAUAUUAGUGUAUGACAAAAUAGGAAGCAGUAUUGUAUGAUAUAUUUAUAAAGAAAAUAUUGUGUUUCUUGCAGUAUCAAUGAAGGUGGCUAAGUCCCCAUUGGCUCAGCCCUGACAGAUGCUUUGUGGGACAGGUGUAGGGGGAGCCCUGCUAAAGUAGCCACCAGCUCUUUGCCUUGAAAGCAGGAGAGCAAGUUUCCUUCCCCACUAACUUGGAAGCAAUUGACAAUAUCAAAAGGACUUCUUGGGCCUUGUCUGCUUCCCAGGAUUUUUACAUUUAUCCAAUGUAAUUAAUUGUCUCCAAUGCCAAGGAAGUGAGGCAUUGAACAAAAUGGAGGAACAUGGAAACAACUUGAUUUUAUUCUUGAUUUUAUUCCUUUUAUAGGGGAAAGUAUUGGAAUAUGUGGUUAUUUUUUCCCCCCAGAAACAAAAAGCACAGGAAUGCAUAUAAAAAGCCAUAAAAUAUGCAGGAACCUUUUUCAUUCAUUCUUUCUAAAGAAAUCAGUUAAUUCAGAUGAAGGCUUUUUAACUAAAUUUGUUUUAAUAUAUAUGUGUAUGUGUAUGGUACAGUACUAACUUGGUUAAGGAUUAACAGGUACAAAUGAGUUGCCUGGAAGCCUUUCUGCAAAAUAGUUUUCUGAAGGUAUCAGGUUUUUUGAGGGGGGUGGGAAAGGAAGGCUUGAAAUUGUAAGUCUCUUGAAUCUCCAAUAUCUUCCAGUUUGUGCUUUGCUUUGGUUAAAAUGUAUGUGUGGUAUGUGCGUUCAUGUGCCCAUUCUUCACUCAUCAGUUACAUAUUUGUGACGGUGUUUAUCCUAUAUGCCUAUUGUCUCAUGUUUGUACAGGGAUAUUGUAGCUAAGUAUUUUGUUGUCUCCAAUCUGCAAAAAGAAAAAGGGAAAAAAAGCACAAUUCUAUGCUUUGUCUUGCUUACACUCAUUAAACCAUUACUUUUACAUA